AUGGUUCUUAACGAGUUAAUGAGCUUGAUUGCCAUGGUUCCUUUAACAUAUGAUUCAAUGGUCCUUUGUGCGCAAACAAUUGCACGCCAUUUGAAGACUAAAAGGGUCAACGUUCUCAGUUUCGCUAUAGAUACAUUGCUACAUAUUGUUAAAACGACACAUCAACUUGCGUCGAGUAUUCAGAGCUCUCUGUCCGAUUUAUUUUCAGCCAUGAGAUGCACUGAUAUCAAUGUCUCCAAAUUGUCCAUUAAUUUGAUGGAAAAAAUGUCUAAUGAACAAAAUUACAAAGAAAUGACCGAAGAAUUCAUGUCUUACAUCCAAGCCGCACCUCUUGAUGUCAGGAAAGUCCUUUGCUGCACAGUUCCUAAGAUAUUAAGCAUCGAAACAGCAGAUCCAGAGUUUUUUGUUUUGACAAAUAUCAAUUUGAUGAAAAUUGCCGGCAAAUUCACGGAUGAUUCAAUAUGGCAGACCACUGCAGAUAAAUGUGAAGAAAUAGAGCCAUUAAUUGAAAACAUUAUCGAAGAUUUGAUUGACUUUAUCAAAAAGACACCAGAACCAUCUGUAUCAUUAAUGAAAUUAACCAUUUUCUUAUGUGGAAAAUAUGUUAAUACCAAACCAAUCCCAAUUAUUGAAUUAUUUGUUAGUCGGUUUGGAUCUCAAGAUUCUCUUGUCCAAUCAAUGAUCAUUACCAUGAUCACUAGGAUCACGACAAGAUGUGUUGACAUUUACGAUGCAACAAUUAAAUUUUUAUCUAAGAAUCUUCGACACCCGAAUCCAGAAGUUUCACAAAGAGCCUCUGAAUGCUUUAUUACAUUACAGACAACACCAUUAUCUAAGUCUAUAUUUGAAUCAAUGCCAAAGGACUUCUCCGAGAAAGAUUUAAAUGAUAUGUUGAAUUUAUUAAAGGUCAAUGUUCCUUCAAACUUCGAAAUUGACCAAGUAAUGCAUCAUGAAGAAGACGAAGACAGAUCAAAACAGGAAGAAUUGCUCAUUAGAAGAUUCAUUUUAACCAACGAAGGCGUUUUAUAUUUAGAUCAUUUUAUUCAUGUAUCAGGGAAGCUUAAAUACGGUAGUGAUAAGAUGAGCAAUGUUGCACAGAUCCAUUUAACCCUUUCAAAUAUGAGUUUGUUUCCAUUUGAACAAUUUAAAUUUGAAAUCUCCAAAAAUCCAGAAUAUAAAUCCAUUGUCAAGACGGACACAAAUUGUAUAGAUGUCAACGAACACAUUCUUGUUAAAGUUGGAGUACAAGCUCAAGUAAUUCCACUUUCAUCGUUUCCAGAAGCAAUUUUAAUAGCUUCAUUAAGUGGAAAUAAGAUAAUUGUUUGUUUCAAAAUCCCAAUUUUUCCUCCAUUUAAUCUAACUGAAUCUGAAGAAGAUUUUGAAGAAGAAGAGUAUUUGAAUGACGAAGAAAAUUAUUAG